AGUCAGAUCUUACGAACCUACAUCAUCUUUCUUUUCCUUACCCUUGCCCUUUUCCCCUUAUUUUUCCUACAGCCUCGAAAGAACCAACCAAUCCUGGUAUUACAGAAUAGCACCAUCCUUAGGAAUGGAGCAGGACAGAUUGAAAAGUGGCCGCUGACCAAGGGCUAGUUGGAGCCAGCCUCCAACAUGGCAAAUGGCAGUGAGUCAGAGGAGCUUGCUGGCUCUCUUGCCCAGUCAACAGCAAUUUCCACACAUCUCAAACUGGUUCUACUGGGUUUCAUUAUUUGUGCCAGUUUGGCGGGCAAUCUCCUGGUUUCUCUACUGGUGCUGAAAGACCGCUCGUUGCACAAGGCUCCCUACUACUUCUUGCUGGAUCUUUGUCUUGCCGAUGCUGUUCGAUCCUCUGCUUGUUUUCCGUUUGUCCUGCUUUCCAUCCGCAAUGGUUCAGCUUGGGCCUACAGUCUGCUGAGUUGUAAAGUUGUGGCAUUCAUGGCUGUCCUCUUCUGUUUCCAUGCCUCAUUCAUGCUAUUCUGCAUCAGUGUUACACGCUACAUGGCAAUUGCCCAUCAUCGAUUCUAUUCUAAGCGAAUGACACUCUGGACGUGCAUUGCAGUCAUCUGCAUGGUCUGGACACUGUCAGUUGCUAUGGCCUUUCCACCAGUCUUCGAUGUAGGCACCUACAAAUUCAUUCGUGAAGAGGACCAGUGCAUUUUUGAGCAUCGAUACUUUAAGGCCAAUGAUACCCUCGGAUUUAUGCUGAUGCUAGCAGUUCUCAUUGUUGCUACGCAUAUUGUCUAUGCUAAACUUCUCCUUUUUGAGUACCGCCAUCGUAAAAUGAAGCCAGUACAGAUGGUCCCAGCCAUCAGCCAAAACUGGACAUUUCAUGGCCCUGGGGCUACAGGGCAGGCCGCUGCCAACUGGAUAGCUGGAUUUGGAAGGGGGCCUAUGCCACCCACUUUAUUGGGUAUUCGUCAAAAUACCCACACUGCCAACAGGCGUCUUUUGGGAAUGGAUGAGUUCAAAAGUGAGAAGAGGUUGGGGCGGAUGUUUUAUGGGAUUACCCUCAGCUUUUUGGUGCUCUGGUCGCCCUACAUUGUGGCCUGUUAUUGGAGGGUUUUUGUCAAAACCUGCAGCAUCCCCCAUCGAUACCUGUCCACUGCAGUUUGGAUGACAUUCACUCAGGCUGGGGUCAACCCCAUCAUGUGUUUUCUUCUCAACAAAGACCUGAAGAGCUGCCUUCAGCUCCACAUCCCCUGCUGGAGGACGAAAGCAUUGCUACCUAGGGAGCCUUACUGCGUAAUGUAAGAGGGGACAACAAUACUCCCAAACCACACCCUAACCUCAGUGAUCGGGACAAAUGGACAUACUCUUUGAGGAAUUGGUCUGUUUGACUAUUUCACAGUCAUGAAGACGCACACAAAAUAACAAUAGAAAUCUGAAAAGACUUUUUUUUAAAUGUUCCUUUUUUCUAGACCAAGAUGUAUUUGUGAUCCAGACAAAAUGAGGACUUCAGGGGAGGGGAUAUGUGUGCGAGAAUUUCUGGGAUGUUUUUCUAUUUCACCUAUUGCAAAGGGAAGAAGGGUGAUGGAUGGGUGGUGGGAGGAGAUGAAGGGAAUGCAAAGUGUAUUAGGUGGGAGGGAAAGGGAAGGAUUGAUGGGAAUUUAUGUAUUUGUUAAUGAACUUAUUUAUUGACAUGGUUAUAAUGCCAACCACUUGUAUGAACGUCUUUUGACUGACAUGAAUGUAAGAGAAAUCGUUUUCUAUUGCAUUAGUACGUUCGCAAGAUGUGACUAUCAAGCGUGAGGAAAAAAAAAUGAAAUAUGGUCAUCGGAAACUAAUGAAUUUUAAAUGCUGUUUGAAGUACUCAAAACAAGUUUUCAAAUAUUUACACAAUGUAGAAUUUUUACCCAUGCUAAGUGAAAAGCCACAAGAGGAAACACAGAUCAAAAGGCCCAAUACCAGCAGGUGGAGUAAACCCCUUGGCAAAAAAGAAAAUCAUCACAUAGUUUAAAUAUACAAAGUACCACGUUUAGGAACCAAUUUUAAGCCUGAUAAUCAAAAACAUAGAUGCCUUAUGUCUGCUUCAUUGCUUAAGUGCAAAUAAUUUUAGCCAUGACUGGUAAAUCCACCAUAUACACCUUCCAAUGUCAAUACUCCUGUUAGCUUAAAGGAACAAUCCAAGCACCAUAACAAUUACA